AUGGGUAACCUCUGCGCUCUUCUCAAACCAAACCACCACCAGCAAUCACCAUCUUCAUCCAAAAAGCUUCGCUCAACCAGCCGCAGAGAGAAGAAAAAGCUCGACGAUGCAUCGAUUCGUGAACAAGCUAUAGCUGCUGCUUUACUGUACAAACAGCAUCAACAGAAUCUGCAAUUUGAUCGGUCGAGUUCGUUACGGUACCCUAACGGAGUUUCCAAAAGGAAUAAUGGGAGUAAUAGUUUGCCGCGUAGUUCGAGUUCUAGAGCUAGAUCACUCACUGAUCCUCUUCUUCAACCUCAUCAGCUUCUAAAUCAGGGUGUAAAGGUUGAUGAUCUUGAGACCAAUCAUUUUGUCCUUGUUCAUGGAGGUGGUUUCGGGGCCUGGUGUUGGUACAAAACUAUCGCACUUCUAGAAGAAAGUGGUUAUAAAGUAGCUGCCAUAGAUUUAGCUGGCUCUGGAGUUCAUUCAUUUGAUACUAACAACAUUACAAGUCUGUCGCAGUAUGUUAAGCCUCUCAUCGAUUUCCUUGAAAAACUUCCCGAAAGCCAAAAGGUGAUAUUGGUUGGACAUGAUUUUGGUGGGGCAUGUAUAUCGUAUGCAAUGGAAUUGUUUCCGCAUAAGAUUUCCAAGGCCGUCUUUAUUGCUGCAGCAAUGCCGACUAACGGACAAAGUACUCUCGAUAUCAUUUCAAAACAGGCAGGAUCAAACGAUCUCAUGCCACAAGCUCAGAUUUUUUUGUAUGCAAACGGGAAUGAUUGUCCUCCAACCGCCUUUGAUUUGGACAAAUCAUUAUUAAGAGAUUUGUUAUUCAAUCAAAGUCCUGCCAAAGACGUUGCAUUAGCAUCUGUUUCGAUGAGGUCGGUACCAUUUGCACCGGUUUUAGAGAAACUUUCCCUUUCAGACACGAAAUACGGAACCGUAAGGCGGUUUUAUAUAAAAACUCUUGAAGACAAUGCCAUACCUACUUCACUUCAAGAAAACAUGAUAAAUGCAGGCCCACCAGAGAAGGUUUUCCAUCUGAAGGGUGCUGAUCAUUCUCCUUUCUUCUCAAAGCCUCAAGCUCUCCAUAAGUUAUUGGUAGAAAUCUCAACAAUCCUUUGA